AUGGCCGAAUUAGCAGCACUCGGCGUUGCAGCCAACAUUGUCCAAUUUCUCGAGCUCGGGCUCAAAGUAUCGUUCUCCAUCGUCAGUACGUAUCGCAGUAUCACAGAUGAUGGUUUGAUACCGCGAUUAGUUGAACUGAAAACCAUGGCCGAAGAUUUGCAACGCCGCUGUGUUCGGCUGCAGACAGAUGUCAACGUCAAGAUGGAUGCCGGCAUGAAUAGCCUUCUGCAGCGUUGCAUAAAAACUUCAAAAGAACUUGUUGAUGCGGCGGAUGGUCUAACAACUGCUAUCGAUGGCAAGUACCCGAGGUUCACAAAGGCCAAGCUCUCCGUCAGAGCAUAUUUUAAGGAAAGCAGUAUUAUCGACAUUCAAAAGAGACUCCGGGAAAUCAAAGCUGCAAUCUUCGAGGGACUUCAAACACUUCUCUUCCAGCAUCGUUCCGCGGUAUCUGACCAUGUACGGUCUCUGGGUGAUGCUUCAGCAGCUUGGAAUUGUGCCACCAAUGCUAGGCUGGACCGAAUGUCUAAGGACAUCGGCAAACUUCUGAAGUCCGAAGAUGAGGCCUCGUCUACGAUAGAGUUGGAAGUAUUUUCUUCGAUGCUUUCCCGCUUCGUAGAGGACGUGAAACAUCAGGGCAACAUUCUGCAAAUUCUCAAAAGCCUGCGAUUUGCACAGAUAAUUGAACGACAAACCGAGAUCCCCAUAGCCCACCAAAACACGUUUGAAUGGAUUUUUCAAGAAUCCACCAACGUCAAUUUCUCUUCCUGGCUCCAAAGCCCCAACGGCAUAUUCUGGAUUACUGGAAAACCGGGUUCUGGGAAAUCGACACUGAUGAAGUUCGUAACUGGGCACGAAAAGACGUCGCAGCUAGCAAACAUUUGGGCGGGCCCGCAUCAACUUGUCAUUGCCAGCCACUUCUUUUGGGGUAUCAGAAAUGGCCUUCAAAGCUCCCAAGAAGGUCUUCUCAGAGCGCUGCUGUUCCAGAUCAUGGUGAAAUGCCCGGAACUCAUACCCGAUGCCUUCCCGGAGAGGUACGCCAGUCUGACACACACGCUUGAAUCUUGGACAAUCGAGGAGUUACUUGGUGCUUUUGAACGUCUCAGGGGCGCCUCGUUACCUACGAAGCGCAUCCUGAUGUUCAUAGACGGGCUUGAUGAGUACAAGGGCGACCACAAGGACUUACUCAAGUUUCUCGACAACAUGGCUCAUACUUCUGGCAUAAAGAUUUGCUGUGCAAGCCGGCCAUGGCGGACAUUUGAAGAUGCUUACGGCAACUCCCUUACCCGCAUCAGGAUGGACCAGCUGACAGCUCAAGAUAUGGCAAUCUACGUGCGCGACGUCCUGAGACAGCAUGAUCAUUAUCAAAGUUUACUGAGAAUACAUCCAACGGAGGCUACGAAUCUGAUCGAGAUUAUCUCGCUGAAGUCAGAAGGCGUUUUCUUUUGGGUUGCUCUGGUUGUCAAGUCUCUCACACGCGGCUUAGACAACUGGGACGACCUAACAAUAUUACAAAAGAGAGUUGCAGACUUUCCUUCCGAUCUCGACGAAUUCUUCCAGCGGAUGCUUGAUUCUAUCGAAGACGUCUAUAGGGAAACCGCAUCUAGAAUCUUUUCCAUGCUAUUGAUUGCAGACAUGCCUGUUCCGGUUAUCAUUGAAUACAAGAAGCACGUCUUGGACGAGUAA